AUGCGCCCAGAUUGGAAACCGAUUUGUCAACGGGUGCUGUCUGCUGCAAAUCUGCGUAGUCGUUGCGCUGUUUGUGAACCGGUCCCAUUCUUGAUGGCUUAUCAAAACGAUGCAUGUCGAGAAGUUAUCGAUGCGCGCGACAGUCAUGACAUCAAUAUAUCAGUCUUCGUUAAGGGAGUCACAUAUAGGUUUGAUACGAACUCAGAGAAGCCAAUCAAUAGAAAACGAACAAACACGGCAUCUAGUGGUAGUGGAGGUGAAAAAAGGACGGCGAACAAGAUUUGUCGUGUUUGUGGUGAUAAAGCCUUUAGCUACAACUUCAAUGUAAUCACGUGCGAAUCGUGCAAAGCAUUCUUUAGGAGAAAUGCUAAUAAAGAAAGAGAAAUUCGAUGUCCAUUCAAUGAGCAGUGUGAAAUCAACGUGGUAUCUCGUCGAUUUUGUCAACGAUGUCGACUAGCAAAGUGUUUUGAUGUUGGAAUGAAGAAAGAAUGGAUUAUGUCCGACGAAGCACGGUUGGAAAAGAAGCAACGUGUUGAAGAGAACCGCGAGCGUCGUUUAGCCGAUGCAAUGGCACCAGAGGUUACCUCAGAGGAGGUGUCCUCAAUCAUACGUCCGUCUGAUGAAAUAUAUAGUGUGCACAUAGCACAGGACCACGCAGCUGUCCCAAUAGUGGUACCCCAACUACUAGAUGCUGGAUCGACAGCAGUCGCACAGUCGUUGGCUGAUGUCAGUUCAACAACAACAGCGGCUCCAACUAUGGAUGUCGACCCUGCAACUACAAUGAGUAGUAGCGGUUUCAUCCCUCCUGCUGUAGAAACUAGUUUGCUUGUUAUGCCUCAAAGUACUGCAGUAAAUUCCGUUGAUCCGACACUGAUGGCACAAGCUCAAUUAGCAGCGGCUGCUGCUGCGCAAGUCCAAGUUCAAGCAGCCAUCAAUCAGCAUCAGAUAGCUGCUGCUGUUGCCCAACAAGUAGCUGCUCACAUUGUCAAUGCUGCACCAGUGGCUGCUCCCGUCCCUGCCCCUAUCGCUGCACCUAUUGCUGCUCCUAUUGCACCCGCCUUAAAUCAGACACCUAUCUUGGCCCCUGCACCAACUACUUCAUUACUUUUAACCCCGUCACUCAAUCCAAUAGCAAACCCGAUCGCCAACCCUAUAUCAAAUCCCAUGACGCCCAUGUCCGAUAUGGUGACAAUUCCGAGAGAGGUACUUGUGAAGCUCAUUGAAAAUAACCCUCCCCGAGUGAAUUGUACGUGCCAGUGUACUUGCGGGCGUUACCCACCAGGAUGUGCUAUAGUGGAUGAGGUCAGUGUAAAAUCUACGGUCGAUCAGUGUCAGCCAUUUGUGCUGUCUGUUCAAGUAACGAAGGAUCUUUUGGCUGCAGGAAAUAACACAGCUUCUACGAGUAAUACUAAUGUGACUAGUGGCGUGGAGAAUAAGGAAGAAGCAAAGCUUGAAAGCGCAGAGGAUUUCCAUAUGAACGGUUUACUUCCUUCGGAUGAGUCUAGUGUCCAAUGGUUGAAUGCUUGUGCGCCAACACUAGAUCCACGAGCAGUAGUGGAUGAACGACCCAGUGGUCGAAGGGAUUCCUUCUAUGUGAACUCUGGUACGGUUGAUACGAGAAUUAACUCAGUUCCUGGAUCGUGUAUACCGUACAUAGUUAUACGCGGCGCAUUAUCGUAUGUUCCAAAUGACCCUCGCAUUAUGGGUCAACCUCUGGAUCAGCGACUCUCGGAGGUUCUCCCACACUGCAUAAGGUAUUAUUCAUCGUUCAAAGAAGAACUACGCAGUAAUGAGAGUGUAAUGCUAAUACUUGGGCUGUUGAUAGUGUUUGAUUCUGAAUCUGUUGGAAUACAAGACAAGGACGGUGUCUCGCGACAGUACUCUUUCUACAGUUCUCUGCUCCAAAGAUUUCUGUACUCAUUGGAUGGUAAUGAUAGUGUCCUUGCUGCUGCAGACUACAGGCAUUUGCUUGAGCGGUUAAGCGCGGUCGGUGAUGUAACAUGUCAAGCACUGACGCUCACUCGUGAACUUGACACAACCGAUGUCGAACGUCUCCUGCAUGAAUAG